AUGGUGAAAUUCUUCACCCAGAUCGAGCCGGACCUCGCGGAAUGGGCGAUGAAGCAGCCAGUGUUCUUUGUGGCGUCCGCGCCGCUCAAGGGGAAACACAUCAAUCUCUCCCCAAAGGGGCUGCCGUCGUCAUCAUUCAGCAUCCUGACGCCGAACCAGUGCGCGUACGUCGACGCGACGGGCUCCGGGAUCGAGACGAUCUCGCACAUCCAGGAGAACGGGCGGUGUACCGUCAUGUUCUGCUCGUUCGAGACCAGCCCGCGCAUCAUGCGGUUUUUCUGCACCGGCCGGGUUGUCGCGUGGAACGAGCCCGGGUUCGAUGGUUGGUUGAAGCGCAUGGGCGGCAAGACGGUCACGGGCGCGAGGGCCGUGGUCGUGCUGGAUGUCUACAAGGCCCAAACAUCAUGCGGUUUCGCAGUCCCCUACCUCGCAGUCAAGCCCGAUCCACAAUCCCCCACCACCAACCAAAUCGCCUACCUCGAAGACCGCAACACGCUGGGCCACUGGGCCGGCAAGCAGAUCGAGAACGGCGUGAUGAACGACUACCGCGCGAACUGGAACCGGCGCUCGCUCGACGGCCUGCCUGGGCUGAGGGUCGCGAGGAAGGAUUUCGGCGAAAGCCUGUGGCUCGGCGAUGUGACGUCGCAGGUCAGGAAGCGGAACGGUGUGCACAUGGCGCUCGUGGCGGUCUUCUCGUCGUUGGCAACUGUUGUUGCUCUGUGGCUUUGGGGGGUGUUGCGGUUACGGGAGGCGGAUGUUGAAUGGUUUGGUCGCCUCCGUGGGUUGAAUGUGUCGUAA